CAUAUUUCUCUCUCCUUCUCCCUCUCUCGCUCCCUUGGCUAUGAUGGUUGGCCCACUCUGGAUGUGGGUGGGCACACAGAAGUGUGUGUAUGUGUGUGUGUUCAGGUGUGAGCGUCGGCCUUGGAGCUGGACUCAGAGAGAAGUCAGUGCCCGGACAGUGUGGCAGGCAAAGAGCAGGUCAGAGCUCUCUGAGGGGGCCCUGAUCGCUGACCAUGGGGCCAACACACUGAGGGCCCCCCAGACGAAAUAUAAAAACCAAAGAGGAGCGGAAAAUAACCAAGAAAAAGAAGAAAAGCUAAUAAAGACAGAGAGAGCAGAACAAUGGUUGCAGAGGAAGUGAUAAUAACAUUGUCCGGUGGAGCGCCAUGGGGCUUUCGUCUCCAGGGAGGUUUGGAGCAUCAGAAACCGCUGCAGGUGGCUAAGGUGCGUAAACGCAGCAAGGCAUGCAGGGCUGGGCUGCGGGAAGCUGAUGAGUUGGUGUCCAUCAACGAACAGCCAUGUGGUAUGCUAUCCCAUGCCCAGGCCAUGGACCUCAUCGACAGCUCCCCUGGGAUAUUAAACAUCCGGGUCAAAAGGGUGCCUGCUGGUUUUCAGUCCGUGGUGCUUGUGACCCGUGCCCCAUCUCCCCGUAUAGACAAAGAGUACCGCGCUGCACUGCGUGCCAUGUCACCCACCCAUCCACACCAUGCACCCAUCCGUGAGGUCCACCGUAGCCGCUCCUCCAUAACCAGUGGCUUGACAUCUCCACCUGGUAGUGAGGCUUACUACGGUGAGACUGACAGUGAUGCAGACGUGGCAGGCUACGAGAGGCAGCGCCGGCAGAAACGCCGCAGCCCCAGCAACUCGAUCCCAGGGAAACCAACAGGACGAACCUCCCCUGAGGGUGGGGAGACGUCAGAGAUGAGUGGCUAUGACAGCGCUCCAGAUGCACAUGUUUACCCCAGUUUGUUGGAUGGAUGUGGGGGAAAUGGGGAUGGAGGAGGGGGGCUACCGGGCGUGGCACGGAGGGAGGUGAUUUACCAGCCUCCUGGUCCAGGAAUGUGGUCCUCCCAGACAUCCACUGAGACCUCCUCCAUCAUCUCCUCAGCAGAUGACCAGGGGCCACGGGAUGGAGGGCAAGAGGAGGAUAGUGGCUUUCUAGAACCAGCCAACGUGCCACUGGUAUCCCCUGAGAGGGCAAAGGAGGCCCUGAUGCUGGGCUCCCGUAGCCAGCUGGUGCCCAUGGUGGGUCCUGUGAAUAAACCCAUUGAUGAGGAGCUUACAACAACCUACAUGGAAAAGGCCAAGCAAGCCAAACUGAACCGAGGGGAUACACCGCAAGACAAGCAUGUAAAGGAAGCUAAAACCAAGUGUCGAACAAUUGCAUCCCUAUUGACUGAUGCUCCCAACCCUCACUCCAAGGGGGUGCUGAUGUUCAAGAAGAGGCGGCAGCGCUCCAAGAAGUACACCCUCACAAGCUUUGGUAGUGUGGAUGAGGAUAGGUGUCGGGACUCACAAGAAGAGGAUGGGGUAUUCCCUGGCAGCGAAUCAGAGUUUGAUGAGGAUGGCUUCUCAGCAGUUCCUGACCCAACUUGGGAUAGUGACUACUUGGAUAUGCUGGAGAAGAGGGCAACUGCAGGCAUUGAAGGUCGUGGGGAUGGGGCAGAGGAUGCCCCGAGUCCAGGGUUGAGUGACACUGCAGGCAAGGGCGCCCAGUUGUUUGAACAGCAGAGAAAGAGGGCUGCUGAGCAUGCCAAGAAGGUAGAGGCAGCACAACCUCAGGCUCCCGCGCAAUCUCAAGUCCAGGAACAGGCUCAGAUGUAUCACUUGCAUUCAGAAAUACAACCACAGAUGCAACCAAAUCUCCAGCCUCAGCAGAUGAUACCACCUGGCCCUACAGCCAUACAGCAAGAACUCUCUCAGGCUCCAGGUCCAGUUGCAGCCCAUGUAAAGUCUAACGGGGACCUAUCCUACUCUGCAAUUAGUACAGCUAGCAUGGUGAUGUCACCUCCACCUGUAGCACCCAGACCAGCCACUGCCUCAGUGACUAUUCUGACCAGACCUGCACCACCAGCUGAAACACCAUUACCAGAACUACCUGCUAGUAAUGUUCUCAACAGAACAGCACGUCCUUUCACUCCUGGCUUUAUCAGCAUUCGAGCUGCGACUGCCCCUGUAACGUUCCGACCACCUGUCACAAAGACGACCCAGCGUCCUGCCUCAGCAGCUGUUGUGCCACCACCAUUCUCCAGUGCCUCUGAACUAGCCAUUAAUGCUACAUCAGUAACAUCACAGCUACUUCCUGGUCCUCCGUCAGUGCUCUCCUCACCAUUCUCUGUACCUCAAGGUCCCUUUGUCCCAACACCAGAAGCUCCUGUCACCUUUCACCCUCCAGCCAGCUCCACCUCUGUAGAGAAAAUACACUCAUCAUCACCAAUAACUGUUCAUCAGGCUCCAUUCACAACUGUGCCCCCAGUGUCUAUGCCUUCAAUGCCCCUGGCUCCACAAGCAACAAUGGCUUCAGCCCCAGUUCCUCUUGUAUCUCAAAGUCCUGGUUCAGCUCACCCAGUUGCUGCAGUAUCUCCACUUCAAGUGGCAGUUGCUCAGCCACCUCCACCUCAAUUUCCUAUGGCACCUGUAGCUACAGUGUCAGCGGUCUCCCAGCCAGAAGCUGUAGCUCCAACCCCUAUUCCUGGUCCAACAGGUCGCACAGGAAUCUUACUUGAGGCUCGACGGCGUGGUGGCAAACCCAAACCUAUGUUCAAUGUGCCAGAUGUCACAAAGAAAUCCCCCAAUCCUGAUCUAUUGUCUAUGGUGCAGAACCUGGAUGACAGGUCCACACGACACACAUAUGGCCAACCACCACCUGAGACCAUCUAUGAUGGUGCAGAGGAGGAGAGGAGUGGUGAGGUCGGCAUGGGGAGGGCGCCUCCUCCAGUGGCACCCAAGCCUAGGGUCAUCCACGAGGCACCACAGUUUCUUCAAGCAGGUGGUAAGGGGGCCCAGCUGUUUGCCCGCAGGCAGAGCCGCAUGGGUAUGUAUGUGGUGGACACCCCACCUGAGACCCCUUACCAGCAGGAAGUGGCCUCACACAGUGCAGCCCAACUGCAUGACUCCUCCCCCAAUCCUUCCUUUCCCUCUCCGUGGAAAUACUCCCCGAAUGUCCGUGCCCCUCCACCAAUUGGGUACAACCCACUCCUGGCCCCCUCAAUCCCUACAGGUCCUCAGAGGGAUACAGGCAAGCCAGACAGCAGGGGUAGAGGAGGCUCCCAAAGAGAGGGCAUCAAGGCUCUGGAUUUCAUGAGAAGGCAGCCCUACCAGCUCAACUCUGCCAUGUUCAACUAUGGGGGCAGUGCUACUAAUCUAUCAGCCAUGCCUUCUUACCAGGCACAGAGGCAGCAGCAGGGUGACUACUCAACAAGAAUGGUGGGCAGCUCAUUAACCUCACCUAAACAGAUCCCCCUCAAAACAGCCCGUGUCUUCGAGGUCAAGCGAUUCUCCACACCCACACCCAUGUCAGCUCCCACGCUGGCUCCCAAAGUCAUUGCACCCCGCUCAGCCACUACCCUCGGAGAACGUUUGACUCAUUCUGGCAUGAUCUCCCCACCUCCUGCUCCUUUCACUCCAACCCCAGCCCCUUUCUUGACAUCAGCACCAGUUAGUGCCCCAACCCCAGCUUCACCUCCCUCCCAACCAGCUGGACUGCCCAGCCUCCCAAAAUUCUCUGCCGUCCCUAUUCCAAACCCUAUGCCCCCUGCAGUCCCUACACCUUACACUCCAGUAUCAUACACCACUGGGCUCCAGACAGCCAAGCAGUUCCAGAGCGCUCCUGAGCUCAGUAUCCUUGCCUCUUUGCCCCCACUCAAGUCCAACCCAGUUCAGGCGCCCAAACCACGUUUUGUUGCCACCAAGGGAGGUGUCCAGCCGCGUGUCUGGAGGCCAGGGGCAAUGUGAACAGCAGUAAAUUGGGCAUCCUCAUGUACUAUUUAUUUAGUGCUGAAAUGAUUAGUUGAUUAUUGACAGAAUAUUAACUGACAACAAGUUUCUCAAAAAUGAUGAUAUUCUGGUUUUCUCUUCUUACGUCAUUGUAAAUUGAAUAUCUUUGGGUUUGGGAUGGGUCUAACAAAACAAGCAUUUUGAAGAUAUCACCUUAGGCUUUUUGCUGGGCAAUUAUCUGAUCAAUUCAUCAAUUAAUUAAAAAAAGUUACAAAUUAAUAAUAAUAAUAAUUUAAAAAGCAGCCUUACAUCCAUUAAUUUAAGCCUCAAAUUCAGUUGUAAACAUGAAGGUGAUGAAGUGAUUCAGUUUAAAGUUGAAACCAGUCAAGUUUUUGAAAUAUGAAACAACUUGAUUAAUGGUCAUUGAUCAUAAACAUCUACUUGCUGUUCAAAAUGCUGCUUAUCACAUAUAUUUUGCUGCCAACACAUUUACUCUGAGUGACAAUAAUAAUAGAGUAUACAAGCACAUGCUGUAUAGUCCACCGUAUGCCUGUCCUGGGGGAGGUUUGUGUAAGGCUUCUGGAGAUCUCUUUCUACUAAUUUAGCAGAAACGCCAUCUAAACAGAGCCUGUACUGAAUAUUCUUUGAAACUUGAAAUGUCUGAAAGAUGUUGAAAAUGAAUCAUUGUGGUUCUGACCAUAGGAUUAAAUCACUGAAGAUGUUUGUUGUAGUAUGUUGACAGGUGGAGGAUCAUAAAGCAAAAAUAGCAGGCUUUUAUCUUUGAAAAUGUAAUGAUUUUAUUCAGUACUUGUCCCACUAACUGAUGUGCACAAAAUGUUAUUUACCCACUCUGUCUGUAACAAGAACCCAUGAUGACCUAGUCUUCUUGUCCUGGGGUUUUAAUGAUGCAUGACCCGUUGAAAAUUGUAAAAUGUUUUUAAACGCCUCAGCUCAUCGUGAAACUAUAUGUGAAGACAAGGUUUGCCCUUGCAAGUGUUAGUCAGGUUGUGCCAAAUACCUCUGCUCACUAUAGCCAGAGAGAAAUGCUGUCUUUUUAGCAUGGGUCACAUUCAACAAGUGCCGGGGCUGUCACUGAAUGUACACUUGUCACUGGAUAUCACAGCUUCCAUUAGACACACCAGUGCCUCCUUAGUAUGAGUGUGAUCUUUGCAGAUAUAUGUAAAUUCUUAACUUUUAUUAAACAAAUAACACAGAUGAAGAAAUGUGUAUUUUGUUUUGUUUAAUUGUGAUUUAAUCUGAAGUAGUGCAAGGGGAAGUUGACUGACUGAGAGGCACCAUCAUUUAUAAAAAGGUUCAAGAAAUGAGAGUGGCUGUGGAAGGGGGAUAUAGGAGGCCAGUUUACUGAAUAGGGUCAUAGCCCAUCAUUUUACAUAAAGGGUUAUGGUCAGAUGUGGUUGCAUGGCAGAAAAUUGGGACUUAGGGUUGAAUUGUACAUAGUUAUGAAAUCCCACAGCCUGUAGAACUUAAAGAAGGAUGGCCAGGAAAGUUUGGUGACUGGUUUGUUGGUAAAGCUAAAUAAGCUGAUGGAAAGAAGCACAUACAUUUAGCUGGUGUCUUUCCAUUAAAAAUGGUUAUUAUUAAAAAGUAAGGAUAAACAUAUUUAAUGGUUAUAUACCUUGAGAGAUUGGGUAUGUUAAUGGAAACAAGUAAGAAACAAAUAAAUGAAUAUGUUGUUUUCAGUUGUGAAAUUCUUGGCGGGGAUACUUUUGUUAUUUUUUUAAACCAUUUUAAAAAUACAAUUUCUUUUAGAUUUUUUCUUGUUUUCAUAAUAUUAUGGCUACAAAAAAUGAGUGUGGAUAUAGUUGCUUUGAGGUGUAAAAUAUGAUGAAUACAUGUUUCUGAAUGUGGUUGGAUUAAAUAAUAAGUGUGAAAAUGUUUGUUAUUAAUGCUGAGUAGAAGUUUAUAUUGACUAUGAAGCAAAACAUUUUUAGAGGAACACAAUUAAAUUUGAAAGCACUCCAGUUGUCUGACAUGUCUGAUUUUACACUGCCCCCUGUUGCUGAUUGUGUGAUACUACACUUUUCUUUUAAUGCAAAGUACAUGCAUGCAUUAAAUGAUACUAUUAAUAAUUGAGCAGUAAAAUAACUGUAACUGUAUAUUGGUUUUAAUAAAAAAUAUAUGUUUAACUAUA